UGACAACUGAUCGCUAAAAGCCACGAGUAAUUCUCGACAAGAGAAGGAGAAGACUCAGUCGAGUUCCUCUAAAUUAUAAAAGAGUGAUCGGCCUCAGCGAAAGGGGAGUCGCUUCCAAGUUUGCCGCACGAGAGCACCGUUUAGGGUCAUUUUCAAGGAUCAAUUACAAGGAGAAAAAGAUUAAAAUAAAAAUUAACCAUGGGCGCAAUCGAAUGGAUUACUGAAGCUGAUGACUAUCAAUGUCCUUUGUCAGAAGAAACUCAAAAAUUGGCCAAAGAGGAACUUAGAGAAGACAAAAAUACUCGUGAUCAAGCAUUGGAACAAAUGCGAAAUUGGAUUAAACUUAAUCCAAGAAUUGAAAAUUCUCGCCUUGAUGCUCGAUUCCUUCUGAGAUUCUUAAGAACAAAGAAGUUUAAUGUACCCAUGGCUCAAGAGGCUACAGAAAGAUAUCUUUUGCUCCGACAAGUUUACCAUCCAGCAUUUACUAAAUUAGACAUCACAGAACCUAAUAUGGAAGAACUACUAUCACUUGGAUAUAUUUUUGCUGUGCCUGGUCGAGAUGCUCAAGGUCGUCGGGUAAUAGUGGCUAGACCUGGUGUUUUUGAUCCUUAUAAAUUCACUAAUGCAGACAUGUGCAAAAUUCAUGCCAUUACAUAUGAAGCUCUCAUGGAAGACGAAGAAAGUCAAGUACGCGGCUUUGUUCAUUUUGCUGAUGGUGCUGGAGUUAGCUUUCCUCAUUUAACCCUAUUCACACCUCGUGAAGCAGUUCGUAUCGUCAAAAAUGGUGAGCGUACAGUUCCAAUGAGGCAUAAAGAAGUACACGCAAUAAACGCACAUCCUUCUUUGAAGUUUGCCUUGGAUUUCGGUAUGUCCUUGAUCUCAGAAAAGAUCAGGAAACGGGUUAAAUUAUAUACCAGUCUCGAAGAUGCAUUAAAUAAUAAAAUGGAUGCCAGCAUGUUGCCAAAAGAGUAUGGUGGUACCAUGCCUAUGAAAGAAAUGAUUGAUCUCUGGCGAAAGGAGCUCGUAGAAUUAAAACCAACGCUCCUCAGUCAUGAUAGGAUGCGAGUCCGUCUACAUUUGUACUCUGAAAAAGCCCGGGAAGGUGCAGUAUCAGCUUUAAAACAAGGCUUUGGUUGUGCUGACGUUGGUUCAAGCGACUCUACGAUUCACGGAAUCUCUGGCUCUUUUAGAAAAUUAGAAGUUGAUUGACAAUCUAUGUCUUUAAAUUCGUUAAUGAAUUUUUAUUCUCACUUGAUUUAGACAAAUAGACUCAUCCCUUUCGUAUUAUAAUAAUAAUAAUAAGACUUAAGUUUAAUUACUGAUUUUUUACAAAUUUAAUAAGGGCUAUUCUUGAAUUGUAUUUAUUUGAGAAUAGUAGAUUAUUAAAUGGCAAUACAAUGUACUCCAUUUAUCUCACAAGCAUUAAGCUAUAUUAGUAAGUGCACCUUCAAGUUGAAAGAAAUUUCAAAAAAUUUAUCAUGAUUUUAUUCGUUGUGCUUUGCACAAUACUUCUAUGUAGCUAUACAUGACAAUAAUAAAGCAAAAACAACACACAAA